AUGAUGCUGCUUGAUUCUGGCGCGGUACUCGGGCCAGGCAGUGCAAAUGCCGGUAGUGGAAGCUCUCUUGCCGUAGCACCCGCCUGUAAGCAGUGGGCGGUGGACCCGGGCACUGACAGGCCGCAUUCAUGGUUCUCUCUAACGCAUUCGCACAGUUGGCCUCAGAUUGGCUCAUGCGCUGGUAGGCCGUUUCAAGGUAUAGACGUGACCCCUGCCUAUACGCGGUUCGUCAUCCCCAUGAUGGCGGAUCGCCAGCCACAGGAAUCCCCCGAUGGCCACUGGCUGGACGGCGCAUCUGCGCACACUGCAGGAGACCAGCGGGCGUACGGGGAGCUGCACGCAGCAGACACAGUGGCGAGAUGCGGGUCUUGCUGA